GCCCCAGGCGCCGCCUAUUCUUCCCUGCCAAGGCGCCGCUACGAGCCGGACCGGGUUUAAUCCCCAGUUCGCGUUGGCUGAAGCCGGCGGGCGGGCGGGCAUGGCGAAGGUGAAGGAGAGGGCGGCAGCUUUGAAUCUCCGCGCGAUGUACAGCCCGGCUAACAAGCCCCCAGGAUUCAGCUUGGCACAGAGACCAUUUGGAGCCACAUACGUCUGGAGCAGCAUUAUCAACGCACUUGAGACCCAAGUGGAAGUGAAGAAACGACGGCAAAAUCUGAAAUGUUAUAAUGACUGCUUUAUUGGCUCCGAUGCGGUGGAUGUCGUCUACUCCCACCUUCUCCAGAACAAAUAUUUUGGCAAUGUGGAUAUUUCCCGAGCAAAAGUGGUGAGAGUGUGUCAGGCACUGAUGGACUACAAAGUCUUUGAGGCAGUUUCUACCAGGGUCUUUGGAAAAGACAAGCGAUCAGUGUUUGAGGAUAGCAGCAGCAGCCUCUACAGGUUCCCAAAUACAGCUAAUCAGGUGGACAGUCCCUUUGGAAAGGAGGGCAGCUAUUUCAUACGUCAAAGACAGGAGCAAAGAGCAUUACUUAGCAUGACGCCUGUGAAAUCGGAGAGUUUGGAGGAUCUCUUGGAAAACUUGAGUCUCAAGCCUAUUGAUUCACCUCAAGUAAAGAGUUUGUCUCGUCAAGUUAUUAAUGAAGUCUGGAGAGAGCAAACAAUUGCUCGGCUGCUGCAUCUCAUUGACCUUCCACUACUUGACUCUUUACUGGAGUACCAAAAGUCACGAGACAGAUUUCCACAAAUGAAGCAGGAAUCUGAGUGUAGCUCUGCCAGCAACUAUCUGGACCGAGAGAUUCUGAAAGCUUUUGGUGACUCGCAGGCGGAUGAAUGGCUAUCAGCUGCAAUAGACUGUCUGGAGUAUCUACCAGAUCCAAUGGUGGUUGAAGUGAGUCGAAAUUUACCUGAUGGGCCUGAAAAAGUACACGUGGGGAAACUGCUGCUGUUUGAUACUCUUGGAAGAUACUACAGCCAAAAGAAAGAGCCCCUCUUAAAUCAUGCACCUGAUAUCCAUCUGGGAAUAGCAGAACUGCUAGUCAAUGGAAAGAACGAUCAAGCUUUGGAAGCAAUUCAGCUCUACCUGAAGUUGCUGGAGAGCCCAAUAAGGGAGGAAUUCAGGAGGCUUCUUUACUUCAUGGCUGUUGUUGCUCAGAAUUCUGAGCUUAAGCUGCAAACAGAGAGUGACAAUCGGAUGGUUGUGAAAAGAAAUUUCUCUAAAGCUAUAGUCAACAAUAAAAAUCUAUCUAAAGGAAAAACAGACCUUCUGGUUUUGUUUUUAGUUGACCGCCAGAAAGAUGUCUUAAAGAUUCCAGGGACAUUGCACAAAAUGGUUAGUGAUAAGCUUGUGGCUAUGCAACAAGGCAGAGAUUCCAACCUGAAUACAGGAUAUACUUUCUGCCAGAGGCUCGAUGAAAGCGAGUAUCACUGCAGUGCUAAAAAGACUACAAAAAAGGAACUUGUAUCUUUGCUGAAAACAAUUGAUGAGGACUCCAGUCUUUCUGCCAAAGAGCGAAAGAAGUUACUUGAUCAAUUCUAUGCUAGUAAUCCAGCUAUCUUUUUGCAAUAUUUUGACGAGAGAGGCACUGAUGCGGCCGUGUACUUCUAGAUAUAACGGAAGCUGUGUGUUUUGGCAACACUUUCUUGUUCUUUUAAAAGGUUUUUCUGUACCUAAAUAAACUUGUUUUGUAUAUAUGGUUGGAAAUAACACUAUCUGAAAAGAAUUAAAGCUGCUGAUUUGUAA